AUGCAAUACGUUGGGAAAGUAGGAGGGUAUGUUUAUAACCAGUGGAACUCUUUGAAUCCUGCUACUUUAUCAGGAGCUAUUGAUGUGAUUGUGAUUGAACAUCCCGAUGGAACACUUCAUACGUCGCCAUGGCAUGUUAGGUUUGGCUUAUUUCAGAUUUCGAAACCUUCUCAGAAAAAGAUUGACUUGUAUGUCAAUGAUGUCAAUACACGCUUGCCUAUGAAAUUGGGAGAGGGAGGAGAAGCACAUUUUGUAUUUGAAGUAGAUAGCAAGGAGGACCUUAUGUUGUCUGAAAGUGUUUUGACGUCACCUGUUAUAUCGCCACUUUCUUCUCCCGGAAGUUCGCCUGCAACUAGCGACCAAGAACCGGACGAUCUUGAUUUGGAUGAGAAAGCCAAGUUGAGUAACACACCGAGCCCGAAAAGUCCUUCUCAGAAGGCAAAGUUUGUAAUGGAAAAUGCUCGGAAAAUAACCAAGAAAUUGAAUAUUCCAACAAAAGUAGAUAUGAAUGGUGAUAUGGUUAUUGAUAUGGAUGGAUAUAAAGCGAAUUCUCAGAAAAACAUUGAUAAUUCCGGAGAGUUGUUCAAAAAGAUAUUUUUGGAAGAAAUCGAAGGCGAGCAUGGCAUCCAGGGAGAUAGCUCAGUAAAAGCAUGGGACCAGAUCAUCACCAAAGACGAGAAUGGUAAUAUACGAAUAUCGAAUGCAUCUGAAAUGAACAACAACAAUGCUAUCGCUGAAGAUGACGAUGGAGUGUUGCUGCCGCUUGGCACUAACACUAGCCCCAGCCCCAGCCCUAGCAUUAGCACCAGCACAAGUGCUGCCACCACACUGAAUAGCAUGCCUGGUACUGGCAAUGGCAAUGGCAAUGGCAAUGGUACAUUAUUGGACACUUCAUCACUGACAAGUAGCAACAAGGUUUACUUCAAGACGCUAAGAUUAACGUCACAACAGUUGUUAGAAAUGAAUUUACAUUACGGAGUGAACUCGUUGAAAUUCAAAUCGCGUGAGGGCAACUCUCAAGUCAAUGCAAACUUAUUUCUUUGGAGGUCUACUACGCCAAUUGUGAUUUCUGAUAUCGAUGGUACUAUAACAAAGUCGGAUGCUUUAGGACAUGUUCUCAAUCUCAUUGGAAGAGAUUGGACACACCCUGGGGUUGCAAAGUUAUUUCAGGAGAUUCAUCAGAAUGGGUAUCAUAUAGUAUACUUGACUGCGCGAUCUUUGGGUCAAUCAGAUUCAACAAGACAGUAUUUGCAAGGAAUAAGCCAAGAUGGGGUCAAGUUACCAAUAGGUCCUGUGAUUUUGAGUCCCGAUAGAACCUUUGCUGCUUUGAAGAGGGAAGUUGUUUUGAAAAAACCGGAAGUUUUCAAAAUGGCUUGUUUAUCGGAUAUCAGAAACUUGUACUUUGAAAAAGAUACCGAUGGGCUCGAUGACGACGAUAAGCAAACCCCUUUCUAUGCCGGUUUUGGGAAUAGGAUUACAGAUGCAAUCAGUUAUAGAUCGGUUCAUAUUCCAAGCCAUCGAAUAUUCACAAUUAAUCCAAAUGGUGAGGUGCAUAUGGAACUUUUGGAAUUGGCUGGCUACAAGUCCUCAUAUCUUCGUAUAGGUGAGUUAGUUGAUCAUUUUUUCCCACCCAUAAAAGAGGUUGGGUCAAUUUCUGCUUACUGGAACAAUGCUCAAUGGUCGGAGUACAUGCAGAACCAUGAGGAUGCUGGAGAUUCCAGUGAUAUGAGGUCAAUCGGAUCUAUACAUGCACCACCUAUGUUAGGCUCUCCCAGGUCACCCAGGUCACCUGGGUCCCCACGAAAUUACAUGGAGGAGUUUAAAACUGAUGAACGUUUCAAUGACGUGAAUUAUUGGAAAACGCCAUUUAACUUUGAUGACUUGAGCGCGAGCGAUCUAGACGUCAGUGAUGAAGAUAAAAACUCAAAAGAAUUGUUAGUCAUGAAAACAAACCGAACUGACAAAUUGCUGCAUUGGUCGAGUAGCGAGAAGAAAGACCACACUGAGAAUCCAGAACUUUUGCAGAAGGGCAAGAAUACAAAAAACCCAAUGAGGUCGCCAGAAUUAGAAAGACCUCUAUCAGCAUCAUCUUUUACUUCUCCUCUUAAGAACUUUAUGAAAUUUGGCAAAAAAGAGGAAGUUAAUAAAGACGAAGAUGAAGAAGAAGAGGAAGAAGAAGAAGAAGAAGAAGAAGAAGAAGACUUUUACAAGGAGAAAUCUAGAAACAUAAAUGAAGAUGACUUUACAGAUUAUGAAGAAGAAGAAGAAGAAGAAGAGGAUGAUGAUGAUUAUACUGAUGAUGACUAUGAUGAAGAUGAUUAUGAUGAGGAAGAGGAAGAUGAUGAGGAAGAUGAUGACGAGGAGGAUGACGAAGAUUAUGAGGAUGAAGAUUUAGAAGAGGAAGAAUUAGGGAAAGAAGAGUUAGAGGAAGAAUUAGGGAACGAAGAGUUAGAGGAAGAAUUAGGGAACGAAGAGUUAGAGGAAGAAUUAGAUGGAGAAGAUAGUAUGAAGCUUGAUUUAGAGGAACCGUUGGAAAGUGGUGAAGCUGACAAUGAGAGGAAGGUUACAGAUACUACUACUGGAGUUAUCAACGACAAAAAUGAGAAAGGUGACAAACUGGCCACGUCUAGUUCUGAUUCAAACGAAAAAGAUACUUCAUUGAUGGGCAAUAAAGAUGCUUCUUUCAAAGCAGCAGAGGUGAUUCAGGAUACCACUAUUGAUAGUUUAGAAAAAUUGGUUAUUUAA